AUGAAGUCGAUGAAGAGCCUCAGCAUGAACAAGAUGCUUGGCGGCAUCAAGAGGAAGAGCACACCAGCGCCAACGGGCUCGACAUCUUCCACCGUGCCGCAAGAAGGCGAGGCGCCUGAGAAGACGGCUCACAAUAGCGUCGGCGACGAAGUCCUCUUCCUCCCACCCAUUGUCGACGCCGCCGAGUCCUCCCCCGCCGCCGCCACUGAGUGCGCCCGCCUAAUCCGCAAGUUCCUGUCCAAGGAUUACUUUUCCCGCGCCGCCUGGCAGUACAACGCCAUCAUGCUGCUCCGCAUCCUCACCGAGAACCCCGGCCAAACCUUCACCCGCAACCUCGACGCCAAGUUUGUCGACACCUGCAAGGCACUCUUGCGCGGCUCGAAAGACCUGAAUGUCCGCCAGAUGCUCAUCGAGACCCUCGACGACUUUCAGCAGACCAAGGCCUACGACGACAACCUCUCCGCCCUGCUGCAAAUGUGGGCGAAAGAGCGCAGCAAGAUGGAAGCCGUAUACGGAAACGCCCCGAGAAUGGCGCCGCGUCCCUUCUCCACGAAUCCGCAGCAGCAGCAGCAGCAGUAUCAGCAGCCCCCCAACCAUUCCAACGGCCAAAACUACUUUUCCCGCCACCACACGAACAACAAGCUGCCCGGCAGCGUCGAGCUCGCCAGCCGCCUGGAAGAGGCCCGCAGCUCGGCCAAGCUCCUCGAGCAGGUCGUUAUGAACACCCCCCCGGUGGAAACACUGGACAACGACCUCAUCAAGGAGUUUGCGGACCGCUGCCUGAGCGCCUCGCGCAGCAUCCAGGGUUACAUGGUCGCCACCAACCCCGGCCCUGACAACGAGACCAUGGAGAGCCUCAUCGACACCAACGAGCAGCUCCAGACGGCGCUCAGUCAACAUCAGCGCGCCGUCCUCGGUGCUCGCAAGCAGCUCGGCCUCAAUCUGCGCUCUGAGGAGACGUCCCCCGUCGACGGUGGCCACCCUAGUGGCGAGCCCGUGUCCCCCCUGCUCGACUCCCCCGCCCUGCCCGCUCACAGCGGCAACGGCAAGGGCAAGCAGGCGGACCCGUACCACGCCGAGCCGUCAAGCUCCGGCCCCGCUCUCGGCCUUGGUCUGGCUUCCGGCUCCGGGUCCGGGUCAUCCUCCAACAAGGGCAAGCAGGCCCGAGGGAAUGACGACGAAGAUCCUUUUGCGGAUCCCUUUGCCGACCCGCAACACCACUACGACACCCCCAACGGCGGCGCGUCCCGCUCACGAACGCCCGCUGCCCAUGAGGAGCUGCCGCAAGAGCCUUUCCAUCCCGGAUUCACUCCCGCGACUAUCGCGCCGCCGGGCCAUCCCGCGCUCACUGUUCCUGGCUUUGGCGCGACAGCGACCAAGGACUCGUCAGUGGAGGAUCUGUACGAGGCCGCUGCUGCCUCCGGCAAGGCCAAACCUGCUGCGUGA